GUUUUUCUCCGGGUCUGCCCCUCCCCCCAGUAGAAUGACGGUGCCAUCGCGCCACGGCCUCCCCACGUGCUGGAUUUCUCCCUCUACUCUGGAUUAUGAGGAUUUUGUGGACAUUACUUGGAUACUCAGGAUUUCUGAAAACAUUUCAUUAUAGAAUAAUUACAUCAGAUUCCCAGAUUCCUUUCACUUGGAUAUCGCUGGCACAGAAUCUUCAUAAAACACUGGCAUUUUCCUUGUACAGUCAAAGAAACAGAUUCUCUACAAUGCCAGAAAUAGACAGGAACAAAAUUGACCCUGAAUUGUAUUUCCCACCUUCUCAAGUUCGUGGAAUGACAAAACUUGAUAGAACUGCAUUCAAAAAAGUAGUUACUAUUCCAGUACUUAAAGUGAGGAAAGAAAUGGUAAAUAAAUUAGUGAGAUCCCUAAAAAAGGUGCUGCUACAGCGUCCAGGCAUAAAACGUGUGAUUGAUGAUCCAGAGGAUGAAGGAAAUAAACUUGUUAUGUUGGAUCCUUAUAAGAUAGUUUCUGAUAAUUCCUUUGAAGAAUCUGAACGUCUUCUUUUAAAAGAGUUUAAUGUUAACCCCCAGAUCUCUUCGCAUAGUUUGGAAUUAACUUAUGAAAACUUUAAGACAGAAGAAAUCUUGAGAGCUGUGCUUCCUGAAGGUCAAGAUGUAACUUCAGGAUUUAGCCGAAUUGGACAUAUAGCCCAUCUGAACCUUCGAGAUCAUCAGCUACCAUUCAAACAGUUAAUCGGCCAAGUUAUAAUCGACAAAAACCAAGGCAUCACUUCAGUAGUAAAUAAGAUCAAUACUAUUGACAAUGUUUAUAGAAAUUUUCAAAUGGAAGUGCUAUCUGGAGAGGAGAACAUGAUAACCAAGGUUCGAGAAAACAACUACACGUAUGAAUUUGAUUUUUCAAAAGUUUAUUGGAAUCCUCGUCUCAGCACAGAACACAACCGUAUCACAGAACUUCUCAAGCCUGGAGAUGUUUUGUUUGAUGUUUUUGCUGGAGUUGGGCCGUUUGCCAUCCCAGUAGCAAAGAAGGACUGCAUGGUAUUUGCCAACGAUCUCAAUCCUGAAUCCUAUAAAUGGCUAUUCCACAAUUGUAAACUAAACAAAGUGGACCAAAAAGUAAAAAUCUUUAACCUGGAUGGUAAAGACUUCCUUCAAGGACCAGUAAGAGAAGAGUUAAUGAAGCUGGUGAGACAACCAUCAAAGGAGAGAAAGCCAUCUGUGCACAUAAUUAUGAAUUUACCAGCAAUGGCUAUUGAGUUGCUCAGUACUUUUCAUUGUCUUUUAGAUGGACAAUCCAAAAGCAGGGAGCUUCUUCCCACAGUGCACUGUUACAGUUUUUCCAAAGCCGAUGAUCCUGCCAAAGAUGUUCAGCAACGAGCGGAAGCUUUGUUAGGUGCUUCUUUAAAAGGUUGCAGUUCAGUUCAUCUUGUAAGAAAUGUGGCUCCUAAUAAGGAAAUGAUAUGUAUCACUUUCCAGGUUCCAGCUUCUGUGCUGUAUGAGAACCAGCUGAUAAACCAAGAGGAACAAUUUUUGAAAGCUGAAAACCUAGAGGGACCUCCUUUUAAACGCCAAAGAACAGAUAAAGCCUCAUUGGAAGAACAGUCAUAAAAUGGUUCAUAAACAUGAUCAGAAAUGUUUUCUACCUCCCUAUUUAUCCUUUGUGGUACUGAAAGCAAUUUGUAAUUCCCUGAAGCUCAUGUAUUAUAUCACUGUGGUAUGGAACUAGAUAGUUGUUUCUUGCCUUUUAUAGUUCUGUUGAAGAUUAUCAGAAUGACAUCUCUGUUGCUGAAUUAUAAAGGUGAUUAAAUUUACUUUCACAAGCUA